AUUACACGGGACUGCAUAAUAACCCAGUGAUGCACACAGUAAUUGGGUGGAAAGAGAAAAGAGACUUUGGCGGCGCCAAAAAUAUUUCUUUUAUGUUCUCUGUAAUGUCGCAGCGUUCAAAUAGGGAAGUAAACCAGUUCACAACUUGUGAAGGAGGAAACAAUUGUGGUUAGUUAAACGCUCAUUUCGUCACGUAAAACUACAGUAGACCUCAACUUCUUCCCCGGGAGAGUCAGCCGUGAGAGAACACGCAUGAAUUUUCCCACAUUUAAGUGGAAACAAGGAGGCGUUUGCAGUGAAGAGGAACACUUUUUUUUUCUUGUAGGGUUUGUUUUAAUGGCAGUGAGCGGACAGUUCUUUAUACUUCUUUCUCUCGUGGAAAUUUUAAAGUGACCCAUCUGCAGGAGGAGACUCGCACUAAUUGCGGCAACAAGAACCAUAAAGCAACAACAGUUUGGUUUAUUGGUCCAGGGCUGCAAAGUGUCAUCUUCUGACGCAGGCAGAACACCUAUCCGCGAGGGGCACACUAACACCUGACGCCUCCAUCUCUUGCAUCGCCGGCUUUCUCCAUCACGACUACUCCGGCUCCGCAGUUUGGGUACUGUAGCGUUUUAUGGAAGCGGAGUCUCCGCAUCCUGUCGUAGUCAUGCUUCCCCCAAAGAACUGCCUGCCGAGGAACUACAGCUGCAUAGCUGGGCUAUUCGGGAGCCUUGCAGCGGCAAAUCCGAGGCUUGAAGAUGGGGAGGAUUGUGACAUGGUGAACGGUACUUGUGAGCCUAUUGAGAGCACAGUGGUGGAUGAGAGGCCAAGAGGAAGAGAGAUUUCCCUGAAACCUCCACAGAGCCCUAAUCUGCGUCGGAGGUGCAAGUCUUUGCCUACACCUACAGAGAGAGCAAAGUUAGAGAUCUCCCGCAGCAGAAGCCCAACCAUUAAGAAAAAAGUCCGCUUCGCUGACUCCUUGGGGCUGGAGCUCAUUUCAGUAAAGCACUUCGAUGAUACAGAUGUUCCCGAGGUUCCGGAGCGCAUAAUGGCAAAAUUACCUAAAGGACCCUUUAACCUUCAUCAUUUGGACACAAAAUUCCCCCGGGCUCCUGCGCAGUCCGUGUUCAUGGAAUUGCAGUUCACCAACCCAGGCACAUUACCCGACUUCGAGCAGAAAGUGAGGGAGGUAAAAGUCCUGCUGGAAACCGUCGAGACGGAUGAAUUCAGCCUCUCAGGCUUCGUGCGCGUGUUGAAUCUGGCUUUCGAAAAGAGUGUCUCUUUGCGGUAUUCUCUAAACAACUGGAUAACAUUUAUGGACAGUUUGGCGUCCUAUGUUCCUAACUCGAGCGACGGUGUCACCGAUAAGUUCUGUUUCAAGAUAAUUAUGCCCACCUACCUAGACAGCGGAGGAACAUUGCAAUUUGCAAUUAAAUACUGUGUCGGCGGGCAAGAAUUUUGGGAUAAUAAUAACGGCAAUAACUACAAAGUCCGACGUCACCGGUUCAAGAUGUCGCCACCUCGGGAAUGGGAAAACGGAUGGAUUCAUUUUAUCUGAGUUUUGACAAAUAAAGUGGCACACUUGGCGCCAUUUGCGCGUAAUUGCUCCCCGAUGACCUUAUAACCGUACCUGUUUAAAAAAAAAAGAAAAAAAAAAAGACUAUUUCUGUUGUCAGCUAUACACAUUCCGUAACAGAAAAUAUUUUCCCACAAUAUUUCAAACAGUGACCCUGUGGUGAUAACGCACCGAGGGUUGAAAUGGCCUGCUGUGUGAGCCUGAUAGGCUUCCUGGUGUGGGAUGCCGUUCGAUAUGCUGCCUUGAUGUCAGGGCUCUGUACAGCUUGGUGCCCUUUGGGAGGGCAUGUUCCCGUUAUGUAAUAUAAAAACAUGCGCCACGGAGAACGUGCCGGCUAAUGCCAACUUAAGGCAUCAUUACCCAUUUCAAGAUGCUGUACCUGUCAGUUUGCGUGUGCGCAAACGUCGACUUAAUAGCAAAAAGAAAGCAUUUUAGCUGAUGGUAGCAUACGCCCCCUGUGGUCACCUGCAGACACGGGCAAUCAUGUCUUAUCCCCUUGAUAGUAGAUGGAAAUAUGCAGUGGUUAUUUAAUUUAUCUAUUCAAUUUAUAAUUUCCUACCGUCAUGCCAUUAAAAUGCCUUAUUCUAAGCCAUGAUGUAGGGAGUUGUUGAUUUGCUGCUUUACAGUGUUUUCUUCAUUAGGCUUGAAUAGAGUUAAAUGCAUUAGAUGGUUAUCGUCAUUAAACUUACAUUUUUAGAACAAUCCAGGGACAUCAUACUUAACCAUACAAAAAUCUGCCUCUUAGCAAUACAUUUGCAGCCUAUUCAGCAAAAAUUAUUUUAUGUUUUGCAUAUUUAAAUUAUGAAAAAAUAAGGUCUGACAAAGUUCAAAGAUGAUGAAAUGACAUUAAACUAAAAAUAUAUUUAUAUGACUUAAAAAUUAAUUUAUAAAAAUAACCAUAAAGGAUAUGUUUCUAAAGACUAUUACCAUUUUUAUUAAUUUCUUGUUUUAUCUGAAUGAAAUCCUCCAGCAUAGCUUCUCUCACACGGAACGUAUCUGAAGUGGCUUUUGAAAGGUUAAGUUUACCUCUGAUUACCUGUGGACCUUUUUUUCUUCUCUUCUUCAGGUUGACUGCUAAAGAACAGAUGUUAUUUUCACAACAAUUAUUUUUUAACUAAUAUAUUCAAAGAAAAGCAUUUUAUUGUACAUGUACAGACUCAAAAAUAUCUAAGACUCUUGAUUACACCGCUUAACUGUAUUUUUCACAGAGCAGGUCUGUCUAUAGUCCAAGUAGCUAUUACACAGGUGGCUGUGUUUAACCAGCUUGUGUCACUUUAAAGGUACACGACAGUGAUCAGUGCAAGAAUAGUGCUGCUCCUCACACUUCUUACACAUUACCAAAAUUAGGUGAACUAUUUCACCGUCUUUCAUUCUCAAAUUGCAGACUUUCUGCUCGCUUUUUUCAUACAGUACACCUUGAUAAAUGUUAUUGCCGUUUCUGCACAAAAGCUUGUCUUACAUCUAAAAUGUUUUUACUUUAGAUCAGUGGUGAGUGGCCUUCCUAAGCCUCUCGCCUUCAUUUUAUGUUUUCAGCUUUUGUGGCUGAAGAAGCUCGUGUGUUGUAAAUCAAUUCAGUUAAAUGCAGAUAUCCAUCAUGCUUUUUAAAAUCUGAAUGCUAAUAGCAAAGUGAGCAUGUGCAAAGUUUAGACCCUAGCAGCUAGCGGAACAACAGACGGGGUGCUUUUAAUUCCAGUGCUCAGACUGUAAUCUGAACAUCACUUUGGCCUUUGUUUACAUCAUCAUGGCCUCAAAGGAAAGCUCUCCAUUUAAUGAGGCCAUUGCGCUGGUAUGUGGACAGAGACUAUUCCUGUAACCACUUAGUUUUUGGAGCAGUUCCACUGUGAAUCCAUCAGUACCAUUUGUCUCCAAAUAUGACAUAAUUUGUGUCGGGGCUACAGUGCUGUACCUGAUGAUAUUAGAUUAGUCUUAAUGAGAUGAGUGACAUUUUAGACAAUAUUUCCUAUCAUGCAACUUAGCUUUAUCAUGUACGGAGCUGCAUUUCUCAUUAUUUAUUUAAAAACAUUGUGAAUAUAAAAUGUCUUGUCAUAGCAGAACUUAUUGUAUUAUACUGUUACACUAGUGGGUAUUUGCAUAUUGUCUGCUUUGGUCUGUGUAAACUUUGUUCAUGCUGUGCAAUACCAGAAAGCAUUAAUGAUCCCGGCUGAGGUGACUGGUGUGGGUUUAGAGAGAUGCAUCAAUAACCUACUGAUCACUGUGAAUACAUACUGUGAUUUUUGGAUUUAACUUUUGGCUGAUAAGUGGUCAAAUAUGCUCACUGGAUGACAAUAAAGUGUUGGGUUUUAUGGCUGUUUUCUAUUACAUAUGACCAACAGUUUUCCUAUGUAAUAUGAAACAGCCCUGUAAUUGUUAUAGUAGUUUUUCAAUAUAUAAAUGUCAUUUGCAAGAGACAACUCUGGAUACCAUUUUUAUUCUGGUAUCUCCCACACUGCUAUUGCUAUUGGUGCAUCUCUACUGCAAAGGUGAUAGGUCUCUGGUCUUACAUUUUCACCUCAAUCAAGUCAUAACUCACUGAUAUAUAAGUAUGUACAUAAAUGUGUUAAUGUUCCAUAUUGAAUGUCUUCCUAAUGUUCUAUCUUGUGUGUAUUUUGAAUCAUUUUAAAGCAGAAUUGAGAAAUUAGAACAAGCUUGUUAUCCUGUGGUACCGUAAAGUUUUAUGAAAGUAAUAUGUUAAAAAAGCAAAAAAAAAAACGCCUUAAAGCAAAUUCUAAUCAAAUUCGUCUCUAGGACCAUUUAAAUUAAGUCUAUUCCUAGAAUUAGAAUGUUUUAACAAUAAGAUAUGACAGAUUUUACCCAAUAUAUGUAUCAAAAUACAGAAAAUAUAAAAAUAAUGAAUAUAUUGGAUAUGCUAUGUGCACAACUACAGGUGUACUUUGCCUUACUAAGCUGUGAGCUCACUUGGAGAUGUGUAAGAGAAGUGGAAGAUGGUGAGUGUAAGUGACUAUAGAACUUGUGAACUCUAAUAGUGAGGAAAGAUCUAUUAAGGCAACACGAGAUACACUUUAGUGUUUGAUAGCUUUUGGCAUGAGCGACUUAUGAUUGUAGCAGAUUUCGUUUAAGCAGGCUAAUGCAGUAAGAGGAAGGAAAUGGGAUGUUUUAAAGCUUUUCUUGUGAAUAGUUACUAAACAAAAAUGUUUGCCAUUGUUUGUCGUGUUUCGCUUGUUUCUGUCACCACCGAAAGCCUAACUCACUUCUGUCUGUAACCAUUUUACAAAAAGCGUUUUCCUCGGUUUGCUGUCUUUGUCAGUGAUAUUUUUGUUUUCUGUAAUUCCUGUGCAGCCAGUUUUUGUUGUAACAUCUACACCCUGAGCUAUUUUCUGCCGUGGAACGUAACCAUGUUCGCAUGUACAACUGAAACGUACCUUAAUUUCAUGUUCAGGUUUUAAUGUAACUCAUGUUUUGUUUCGAAAACAAUGGUUAAUAAAAAAAAUGAUGGAAAACAA